GUUUGCUUUGCAUUCAUGGCUUCUGUGACGGCGAAAGCGAACUCUGCGAAAGUGACGAAAGGGAAGAAAGCGUCUGCUCCGAAGGUGCCUCGAGCACAUCCUCCUUACGUUGAGAUGAUUACGGAUGUGAUUGUGGCGAUGAAGGAGAGGACUGGUUCGAGCCAGUACGCGAUUGCGAAGUUCAUCGAAGAGAAGCAAAAGGCUCAUCUGCCGCCGAAUUUCAAGAAGCUUUUGCUCGUUCAGUUGAAGAAGCUCGUCGCAUCUGAGAAGCUUGUGAAGGUUAAGAACUCGUUCAAGCUGUCUUCGGCGGCGAAGCCUGUAUCAGCCGCUGUCAAGAAGGCUCCUGCUGCGGCGGCGACAGUGAAAGUUCCCGUGAAGAAGACGGUUGUUGUGAAGGCGAAGGCGAAGGCUGUAGGCGGUGCGAAGGUUGUAGGCGGUGCGAAGGCGAAGGGUGUUACGCCGGUGAAGACAAAGAAGGUUGCGCCGAAGCCAAAGGCCGUGUCGAAGCCGAAGAAAGCUGCGAAGACAGCGACGGUGAAGUCGCCGGGGAAGAAGGUGGCGUCGAAGAAGGGGAGGAAGUGAGGAGGUAGUGUAUAGAAAAUUCGAGCUGACUAG